AUGAAGACGGGACUCAAGGAUAUUCUGGUGUCAUACGUGAUGAUAUGGUUGACAUUUUUUGUUGCCAGUCUCCGUAGCAGCCAUGGCGAUUUGACCUACUCUAUUCCUGAGGAGAUGAAACCAGGAGCUGUGGUAGGGAAUAUAGCGAAGGAUCUCGGACUCGAUGCAAGAGGAUUAUUACAACGGAAUGCACGCAUAGAUCUGAAGGGUAAUCGCAAACGGUUUUGUGAGAUAAAUGCUCAGACAGGUGAACUGAAAAUCGCAGAAAUAAUUGACAGAGAAAAAAUAUGUGUGUUGAAAUCCACAUGCUCUUUAAAAUAUGAACUAGUGUUGGAAAAUCCGUUAGAGCUGCAUCGAAUUAUGUUGCACAUUCUGGACAUCAACGAUAACUCACCUCGUUUUCCCAAUGAACAAAUUAAACUGGAAAUCGCAGAAUCCGCAUAUAAGGGCGCUCGUUUUCCAUUAGAUGAAGCGCACGAUCCGGAUGUGGGAAGAAAUGGAAUUCAAAACUAUGUACUGGAAAAGAACGAACACUUUACUCUAGCUGUGCAUUCUAAUUCCGAUGGAGGGAAAUACAGCGAGUUGAUUUUGGAUAAAGAGCUCGAUCGUGAACAGCAGCAAGAGCUGUCAUUAUUGCUUACUGCAACAGACGGUGGCACUCCUCAGAGAUCCGGUACUGUAGUCAUACACGUCACCGUUUUGGACGCAAACGACAAUGUACCAGUAUUUAAUCAAGCCGCAUAUAAAGUCAGUUUAGUUGAAAAUUGCCCAGUCGGUACCGUGGUUGUCACUGUGCUUGCCACAGAUGCAGAUGAAGGAGCAAAUGGAGAGGUUUCAUAUGAGUUCAGCCGAAUAUCAGACGAAGCAGCUAGUCUCUUUGUUAUUGACAAGUUUACUGGAGAAAUUAAAGUGACUGGACCAAUUGACUUUGAGGAAGAAACUACUUAUGAACUCAGAGUUCAGGCUAAGGAUGGCUCUGGUUUAGCCUCUAAUGCUAAAGUUAUUAUAGAUGUCACUGAUGUAAAUGACAAUGCACCUGUAAUUAAUGUUAAAUCACUGAAAAAUCCAGUUCCUGAAAAUGCUGCACCUGGUACAGAGGUGGGCAUUAUUAAUGUGCAGGAUGAAGAUACAGAGGGAAACCGCCAGUUGCGUUGCACUAUUCAGCAAAAUGUGCCCUUUAAGUUAAAUCCAUCAAUUGAAAACUACUAUUCUCUGGUCACAACUGGUGAAUUAGACCGUGAACAAGUGACCGAUUACAACAUAACUCUUAUAGCCACUGAUGGUGGUAAUCCACCAUUGUCUUCCUCUAAAAUUAUUCAUCUCUCUGUGUCUGAUGUAAAUGAUAAUCCCCCUGUAUUUGAGGAACAGUCCUAUAGUGCAUAUGUGACUGAGAAUAACAAGCCUGGCUCCUCUGUCUGUUCUGUUACUGCGAGAGACCCAGACUGGAGACAGAAUGGCACAGUGUUCUACUCUCUGUUGCCCAGUGAGGUCAAUGGUGUUCCGGUCUCCUCAUAUGUAUCCAUUAAUGGAGACACAGGGGUGAUCCAUGCUGUGAGGGCCUUUGACUAUGAGCAGUUCAGAAGCUUCAAAGUUCAGGUUGUAGCCAGAGACAAUGGUUCUCCUCCACUCAGCAGCAACGUGACUGUGAGUGUGUUCAUAACAGAUGAGAAUGAUAACUCUCCUCAGAUAUUGUACCCUACUCCAGAAGGAAACUCCUUCAUGACUGAGAUGGUUCCUAAAGCUGCUCUUUCUGGCUCGCUGGUCUCCAAAGUGAUUGCUGUUGAUGCUGACUCUGGACAGAACGCGUGGCUGUCUUAUCAGAUCGUGAAGUCGACUGAUCCGGGACUUUUCACUAUUGGUCUCCACAGUGGAGAGAUCAGGGCUCAGAGGGACAUUUCUGAAUCUGACAGCAUGAAGCAGAACCUUGUGAUCUCAGUGAAAGAUAACGGACAGCCCUCUCUCUCUACAACCUGUGCCGUAUAUUUACUCAUCUCUGAUAACUUGGCUGAAGUUCCUGAACUGAAAGACAUGUCUUAUGAGGAGAGCAAUUCUAAACUCACAUCUUAUCUGAUCAUUGCUCUGGUGUCUGUUUCCACAUUCUUCCUCACUUUCAUUAUCCUGAUCAUUGCUGUGAGGUUGUGUCACAGGAGAAAGCCCAGACUGUUGUUUGAUGGAGCAGUAGCCAUUCCCAGUGCAUAUUUACCUCCCAACUAUGCAGAUGUUGAUGGAACUGCAACUCUCCGUAGUGCUUACAACUAUGAUGCCUAUAUGACCACAGGAUCCCGUACAAGUGACUUUAAAUUUGUCAGCUCUUACAACGACAAUACCCUCUCUGCUGGAAAUACUUUACAGAAGCCUCCACAUGACAAUAGUGACUUCCUUGACUUCAUUGAUAAUGGAUCAAAGGUUUCAACUCUGGUAAAUACUCUUACAUACUCUUAA